AUGCGCGCCUUGAACGCCGUUCUAACGGUUAUUAUAUUGCAGAUUUGUCAGAAUUCGUUGUGCGCCAACCCGAUACAGGGUCUCUUCGAUCCUAAAUGUUUUGUCGCGCAAAGUGAGUGUCCCAACGAGAAUGUCACCUUCUGGUUGUACACAAACGCAACAGCCAAUACACCGGUGCAACUAAAUCCGCUCAGUCUACAAAAAGGCGAUUUUCCCGUGCGUCGACCUGUCAAAAUACUCAUACACGGCUAUACAGGACAUCGUGACUUUGCGCCGAACACCUUUAUACGCCCAGUGCUGCUGCAGCAUGAGGACGUUUAUGUCAUCUCACCCGAUUAUGGUCCGCUCGUGCGCGAACCUUGCUACACCUCGGCUGUGCAAAAUCUACCGUUGGCUGCGCGUUGUCUGGCGCAAUUGAUCAACAAUCUGGUCGAUCAGGGUAUCGUGCAAAAUGAGGACUUGCACGUGAUUGGUUUUAGUCUGGGCGCACAAGUGGCUGGUCAAACGGCAAAUUAUGUGACGAAAAAAUUGCAACGCAUAACUGGAUUGGAUCCCGCAAAGCCGCUGUUCAUCACCGCUGGCAACGAACGCAAGUUGAGUAAAGAUGAUGCGGAUUUUGUGGACGUCAUACAUACUGAUGUGCUAGGGCGUGGUAUGAUGCAUCCGAUGGGUCAUGUGGACUUCUAUCCGAAUUUCGGUUAUAUACAGCCCGGUUGUGAGGUGGAGGCUGAACCCGGUAGCUGUAAUCACGAACGCGCACCACGUUUCUACGCCGAAUCCAUCAAUCCGAAACAAGAAUUCUGGAGCAGCCGUUGUACGAAUUGGCUUUAUUUCGUGCUAAAUAUAUGCGGCGUGGAAUCGAAUGAUGCCAGGAUGGGCUAUCAUAUUGAUGAAAGCCUAACAGGCAUAUACUUUCUCAAGACCUCGAACUCUACACCUUUCGCGCUCGGCCGUAUGAAAGAUAAACCGCCAGAACAGCAGCCGAAUUGGCGCGCGAAUUACGAUCUCGAUAUGCUGAACGAAGAGGCUUGCGAUCAGCUGCUGAUGUGUCGCUUUCUACGCUACGGCGCCGAAUAUGGCAUGGAUGUGGACGUACCGCCCGAUUUUAGUUGAAUUCGACAAAUAUUUAAGUACAAAAGAUUUCCGUGUGGUUACAAAAGGAAGUCAAUUUAACGAGUAAAUAAUUGUUUUUGCCUAAAAUAAUUCCACAUACUUUAGUUUAAG